AUAAGAGUAGCCCUCGACUGUUCCAACAAGGAGAGAGAGAGAGAGAGAGAGAGAGAGAGGGAGGGAGAAAGAGAGAAAAAGGGUGGAAGAGAAAGAGUGUUCUUGUCGUUUAUUACUCCUGUUGUUUCUGCUUGGAAAUGAAGAAGGAAAUUUAUUCCGAAGAUCGAAUAAUCUAAAGGAAAGCUAUAGAAAUUACGGAAGAUGCGGAAGAAGUCUAUAGAUCGUCAUUGAAGGAGUUAGGAUCUAUAUUCUCUAUGAGUAUCUUCCCUUUCAAUAAGGUUCGAUCUUAUUGGAAUAAUGUGCACGAAACGGCAAAUUCUGCAUAUUUUUAUAGCCCUGAUCUUGACAUUUGCAGAAGCAGAACACCAUGAGAUUUACGAAGAUCAAUAUAGAAAAAGUGAUAUCCCUUUCACCUGUUCCGAGGAAGGCUAUCAUCCUGAUCCACACGACUGCAGAGUUUUCUACAGAUGCGUCGAUCAAGGCAACGGUGGUCCUUUGACAAUUUUUAAGUUCGAAUGUGGAAUUGACACAGUAUUUUCCAGAGAAAAAGGAAAUAUAUGCAUUCAUCCAAAUGAUAGUGAACGACCAGAAUGUGGUGGAUUUGAGAAUGAAAUAGAUUCUGAUAUUCAAAAUCUCAGUAUGGAUUCAUACCCAUCUUAUUCUACGUCCACAACAACUAUUAAAAUGACGGACAGCACAAAUAUAGCUACAGCAACCACUACAACAAAGGCUACAAUAACUACCCAAGAUUCAACGACUACAAGAAGAUCUGAAAUUAGUACCGAAUUUUCAACAACUACCCAGCCAUCAACAUCUGAAUCAAAUAAAAAUGAGACGAUUGGUUUAGGAGGAGUACAAUGUACUACUGAUGGAUUUUUAUCUGAUUUACAAGACUGUAGAAAAUUUUAUAGAUGUGUAGACGAAGGUGCUGGAAUAUUACGAAAAUAUGAGUUUACUUGUGGAGUAGGAACUGUUUGGGAUCCGAAGAUCGAAGGAUGCAACCAUGCUUGGGCAGUUACGAGAGAUGACUGCCGACAACGCCAAGAAAAUGGCAAUACAGAUAGCGGACAAUGGAAUGGCGAUAUAGGAGCUAAUGGAGGACAAUGGAAUGGAGAUACAGGAGAUAAUGGAGGACAAUGGAAUGGUGAUACAGAAAGUUGGAAUGGUGACAGUGGUACAUCAGGUAAUAAUAGUAAACCUGGUAAUUCAGGAAUUCCAGAAACACCAGGAAUAUCAGGUACUCCUGGAACAUCAGGCAUAGCUGGAAUACCUGGCUACCCUGGCUCUCCAGGAUCAUCAGGCAUUCCUGGCCUUCCUGGAACAUCAGGUAUUCCUGGAACAGCUGGCACUCCUGGUUCUCUUGGAACACCAGGUACUCAUGCAACAGUUGGCACUCCUGGUUCUCCUGGAACACCAGGUACUCCUGGAUCCCCUGGAACACCAGGUACUCCUGGAUUCCCCGGAACAACAGGAACACCAGGUACUCCUGACAUAGUUGGAACACCUAGUUCUCCUGGUACAUCUGACACAGUUGGAAUGUCUGGUUACCCUGGCUCUCCUGGUACACCCGGAACACCAGGCAUAGCUGGAAUACCUGGCUACCCUGGCUCUCCAGCAUCAUCAGGCAUGCCUGGCCCUCCUGGAACAGCUGGCACUCCUGGUUCCCCUGGAACACCAGGUACUCCUGGAACAGCUGGCACUCCUGAUUCUCCUGGAAUACCAGGUACUCCUGGAUCCCCCGGAACAACAGGAACACCAGGUAUUCCUGGAAUAGUUGGAACACCUAGUUCUCCUGAUACAUCAGGAACACCAGGCAUAGAUGGAAAUCCUGGCUUCCCUGGUUCUCCUGGAUCACCUGGCAUCCCUGGAUCCCCUGGAACAGCUGGCACUCCUGGUGCCCCUGGAACACCAGGUGCUCCUGGAACAGCUGGCACUCCUGGUUCUCCUGGAAUACCAGGUACUCCUGGAUCUCCUGGAACACCCGGAACACCAGGUACUCCUGGAUCCCCUGGAACAACAGGAAAACCAGGUACUCCUGGCAUAGUUGAAACACCUAGUUCUCCUGAUACAUCAGGAACAUCAGGAAUAGCUGGAAAUCCUGGCUUCCCUGGUUCUCCUGGAUCACCUGGCAUCCAUGGAUCUGCUGGAACAUCAGGUACUCCUGUAACAGCUGGCACUCCUGGUUCCCCUGGAACACCAGGUACUCCUGGUAUAACUGGCACUCCUGGUUCUCCUGGAACAGCAGGUACUCCUGGAUCUCCUGGAACACCCGGAACACCAGAUACUCCUGGAACAGCUGGCAUACCUGGUUCCCUUGGAAAACCAGGUACUCCUGGAUCCCCUGGAACAACAGGAACACCAGGUACUCCUGGCAUAAUUGAAACACCAAGUUCUUCUGGUACACCUGGAACAUCAGGUACACCAGGAACACCAGGAAUAGCUGGAAUACCUGGCUACCCUGGUUCUCCUGGAUCAUCUGGCAUCCCUGGCUCUCCUGGAACAUCAGGUUCUCCCGGAACAAUUGGUGCUUCUGGUUCCCCUGGAACACCGGGUACUCCUGGAAUACCUGGCACUCCUGGAAGCCCAGGUUCCCCAGGAACACCUGGUAGUCUUGGAUCCUCUGGCAGCCCUGGAUCCCCUGGUACGCCUGGAACACCAGGCUCACCUGGAUCACCUGGUACUCCUGGAAUUCCUGGCACUCCUGGUACAUCUGAUAUUGCUGUAACCACAGGGAUUCCUGGUAGUUCAGACAUAUCUGGAAGUCCUGUUAUUCCAGAAACUCCGAGUAGCAAUGAUACGUCAGAUACCCCUAUUAUAUCGGGUACUCCAUAUGUAUGCAUCGAAGAGGGAUUCUUCCCUGAUCCAAAGAAUUGUCGUAAAUUUUAUCGAUGUGUAAAAGAUAGCAGUGAAUUCAUAAAAUAUGAUUUUGAAUGUGGUGUUGGAACUGUUUGGGAUUCCACUAUACAAAGUUGUAAUCAUGAGUACAACGUACCAAAUUGUACAAGUAAUGCUGAAGGGGAUUUUACAACACCUGAUUCUUCUGUCAAUGAAAUAGAUUCUUCUACUCCUCUAAGUUCAAGUGAACAGCAACAAGUAAGCACAUCCAGGCCUACUCAAGGCACAACACUAGCUAGUACUUCAGUGUCAUAUCUUCCCCCGGAAACAUCUACAGAAGGCCCGACUACAACGUUUACAAGACCAGAAGAUUCGGCAACAUCGGCAGCAACUGACAGACCUGGUACUUCUGGAACUCUAGGUCCCACCGGACCCAUCUCUCCUGGAACUUCUGGUUCACCUGGAUCACCUGGUAUUCCUGGAUCACCUGGUACUCCUGGCUCACCUGGAUCACCUGGUACUCCUGGAAUACCUGGCACUCCUGGAAGCCCAGGUUCCCCAGGAACACCUGGUAGUCUUGGAUCCUCUGGCAGCCCUGGAUCUCCUGGUACCCCUGGAACACCAGGCUCACCUGGAUCACCAGGCUCACCUGGAUCACCUGGUACUCCUGGAAUUCCUGGCACUCCUGGUACAUCUGAUAUUGCUGUAACCACAGGGAUUCCUGGUAGUUCAGACAUAUCUGGAAGUCCUGUCAUUCCAGAAACUCCGAGUAGCAAUGAUACGUCAGAUACCCCUAUUAUAUCGGGUACUCCAUAUGUAUGCAUCGAAGAGGGAUUCUUCCCUGAUCCAAAGAAUUGUCGUAAAUUUUAUCGAUGUGUAAAAGAUAGCAAUGAAUUCAUAAAAUAUGAUUUUGAAUGUGGUGUUGGAACUGUUUGGGAUUCCACUAUACAAAGUUGUAAUCAUGAGUACAACGUACCAAAUUGUACAAGUAAUGCUGAAGGGGAUUUUACAACACCUGAUUCUUCUGUCAAUGAAAUAGAUUCUUCUACUCCUCUAAGUUCAAGUGAACAGCAACAAGUAAGCACAUCCAGGCCUACUCAAGGCACAACACUAGCUAGUACUUCAGUGUCAUAUCUUCCCCCGGAAACAUCUACAGAAGGCCCGACUACAACGUUUACAAGACCAGAAGAUUCGGCAACAUCGGCAGCAACUGACAGACCUGGUACUUCUGGAACUCUAGGUCCCACCGGACCCAUCUCUCCUGGAACUUCUGGUUCACCUGGAUCACCUGGUAUUCCUGGAUCACCUGGUACUCCUGGCUCACCUGGAUCACCUGGUACUCCUGGAAUACCUGGCACUCCUGGAAGCCCAGGUUCCCCAGGAACACCUGGUAGUCUUGGAUCCUCUGGCAGCCCUGGAUCUCCUGGUACCCCUGGAACACCAGGCUCACCUGGAUCACCAGGCUCACCUGGAUCACCUGGUACUCCUGGAAUUCCUGGCACUCCUGGUACAUCUGAUAUUGCUGUAACCACAGGGAUUCCUGGUAGUUCAGACAUAUCUGGAAGUCCUGUCAUUCCAGAAACUCCGAGUAGCAAUGAUACGUCAGAUACCCCUAUUAUAUCGGGUACUCCAUAUGUAUGCAUCGAAGAGGGAUUCUUCCCUGAUCCAAAGAAUUGUCGUAAAUUUUAUCGAUGUGUAAAAGAUAGCAAUGAAUUCAUAAAAUAUGAUUUUGAAUGUGGUGUUGGAACUGUUUGGGAUUCCACUAUACAAAGUUGUAAUCAUGAGUACAACGUACCAAAUUGUACAAGUAAUGCUGAAGGGGAUUUAACAACACCUGAUUCUUCUGUCAAUGAAAUAGAUUCUUCUACUCCUCUAAGUUCAAGUGAACAGCAACAAGUAAGCACAUCCAGGCCUACUCAAGGCACAACACUAGCUAGUACUUCAGUGUCAUAUCUUCCCCCGGAAACAUCUACAGAAGGCCCGACUACAACGUUUACAAGACCAGAAGAUUCGGCAACAUCGGCAGCAACUGACAGACCUGGUACUUCUGGAACUCUAGGUCCCACCGGACCCAUCUCUCCUGGAACUUCUGGUUCACCUGGAUCACCUGGUAUUCCUGGAUCACCUGGUACUCCUGGCUCACCCGGAUCACCUGGUACUCCUGGAAUACCUGGCACUCCUGGAAGCCCAGGUUCCCCAGGAACACCUGGUAGUCUUGGAUCCUCUGGCAGCCCUGGAUCCCCUGGUACCCCUGGAACACCAGGCUCACCUGGAUCACCUGGUACUCCUGGAAUUCCUGGCACUCCUGGUACAUCUGAUAUUGCUGUAACCACAGGGAUUCCUGGUAGUUCAGACAUAUCUGGAAGUCCUGUUACUCCAGAAACUCCGAGUAGCAAUGAUACGUCAGAUACCCCUAUUAUAUCGGGUACUCCAUAUGUAUGCAUCGAAGAGGGAUUCUUCCCUGAUGCAAAGAAUUGUCGUAAAUUUUAUCGAUGUGUAAAAGAUAGCAAUGAAUUCAUAAAAUAUGAUUUUGAAUGUGGUGUUGGAACUGUUUGGGAUUCCACUAUACAAAGUUGUAAUCAUGAGUACAACGUACCAAAUUGUACAAGUAAUGCUGAAGGGAAUUUAACAACACCUGAUUCUUCUGUCAAUGAAAUAGAUUCUUCUACUCCUCUAAGUUCAAAUGAACAGCAACAAGUAAGCACAUCCAGGCCUACUCAAGGCACAACACUAGCUAGUACUUCAGUGUCAUAUCUUCCCCCGGAAACAUCUACAGAAGGCCCGACUACAACGUUUACAAGACCAGAAGAUUCGGCAACAUCGGCAGCAACUGACAGACCUGGUACUUCUGGAACUCUAGGUCCCACCGGACCCAUCUCUCCUGGAACUUCUGGUUCACCUGGAUCACCUGGUAUUCCUGGAUCACCUGGUACUCCUGGCUCACCUGGAUCACCUGGUACUCCUGGAAUACCUGGCACUCCUGGAAGCCCAGGUUCCCCAGGAACACCUGGUAGUCUUGGAUCCUCUGGCAGCCCUGGAUCUCCUGGUACCCCUGGAACACCAGGCUCACCUGGAUCACCAGGCUCACCUGGAUCACCUGGUACUCCUGGAAUUCCUGGCACUCCUGGUACAUCUGAUAUUGCUGUAACCACAGGGAUUCCUGGUAGUUCAGACAUAUCUGGAAGUCCUGUCAUUCCAGAAACUCCGAGUAGCAAUGAUACGUCAGAUACCCCUAUUAUAUCGGGUACUCCAUAUGUAUGCAUCGAAGAGGGAUUCUUCCCUGAUCCAAAGAAUUGUCGUAAAUUUUAUCGAUGUGUAAAAGAUAGCAAUGAAUUCAUAAAAUAUGAUUUUGAAUGUGGUGUUGGAACUGUUUGGGAUUCCACUAUACAAAGUUGUAAUCAUGAGUACAACGUACCAAAUUGUACAAGUAAUGCUGAAGGGGAUUUAACAACACCUGAUUCUUCUGUCAAUGAAAUAGAUUCUUCUACUCCUCUAAGUUCAAGUGAACAGCAACAAGUAAGCACAUCCAGGCCUACUCAAGGCACAACACUAGCUAGUACUUCAGUGUCAUAUCUUCCCCCGGAAACAUCUACAGAAGGCCCGACUACAACGUUUACAAGACCAGAAGAUUCGGCAACAUCGGCAGCAACUGACAGACCUGGUACUUCUGGAACUCUAGGUCCCACCGGACCCAUCUCUCCUGGAACUUCUGGUUCACCUGGAUCACCUGGUAUUCCUGGAUCACCUGGUACUCCUGGCUCACCCGGAUCACCUGGUACUCCUGGAAGCCCAGGUUCCCCAGGAACACCUGGUAGUCUUGGAUCCUCUGGCAGCCCUGGAUCCCCUGGUACCCCUGGAACACCAGGCUCACCUGGAUCACCUGGUACUCCUGGAAUUCCUGGCACUCCUGGUACAUCUGAUAUUGCUGUAACCACAGGGAUUCCUGGUAGUUCAGACAUAUCUGGAAGUCCUGUUACUCCAGAAACUCCGAGUAGCAAUGAUACGUCAGAUACCCCUAUUAUAUCGGGUACUCCAUAUGUAUGCAUCGAAGAGGGAUUCUUCCCUGAUCCAAAGAAUUGUCGUAAAUUUUAUCGAUGUGUAAAAGAUAGCAAUGAAUUCAUAAAAUAUGAUUUUGAAUGUGGUGUUGGAACUGUUUGGGAUUCCACUAUACAAAGUUGUAAUCAUGAGUACAACGUACCAAAUUGUGCAAGUAAUGCUGAAGGGGAUUUAACAACACCUGAUUCUUCUGUCAAUGAAAUAGAUUCUUCUACUCCUCUAAGUUCAAGUGAACAGCAACAAGUAAGCACAUCCAGGCCUACUCAAGGCACAACACUAGCUAGUACUUCAGUGUCAUAUCUUCCCCCGGAAACAUCUACAGAAGGCCCGACUACAACGUUUACAAGACCAGAAGAUUCGGCAACAUCGGCAGCAACUGACAGACCUGGUACUUCUGGAACUCUAGGUCCCACCGGACCCAUCUCUCCUGGAACUUCUGGUUCACCUGGAUCACCUGGUAUUCCUGGAUCACCUGGUACUCCUGGCUCACCUGGAUCACCUGGUACUCCUGGAAUACCUGGCACUCCUGGAAGCCCAGGUUCCCCAGGAACACCUGGUAGUCUUGGAUCCUCUGGCAGCCCUGGAUCCCCUGGUACCCCUGGAACACCAGGCUCACCUGGAUCACCUGGUACUCCUGGAAUUCCUGGCACUCCUGGUACAUCUGAUAUUGCUGUAACCACAGGGAUUCCUGGUAGUUCAGACAUAUCUGGAAGUCCUGUUAUUCCAGAAACUCCGAGUAGCAAUGAUACGUCAGAUACCCCUAUUAUAUCGGGUACUCCAUAUGUAUGCAUCGAAGAGGGAUUCUUCCCUGAUCCAAAGAAUUGUCGUAAAUUUUAUCGAUGUGUAAAAGAUAGCAAUGAAUUCAUAAAAUAUGAUUUUGAAUGUGGUGUUGGAACUGUUUGGGAUUCCACUAUACAAAGUUGUAAUCAUGAGUACAACGUACCAAAUUGUACAAGUAAUGCUGAAGGGAAUUUAACAACACCUGAUUCUUCUGUCAAUGAAAUAGAUUCUUCUACUCCUCUAAGUUCAAGUGAACAGCAACAAGUAAGCACAUCCAGGCCUACUCAAGGCACAACACUAGCUAGUACUUCAGUGUCAUAUCUUCCCCCGGAAACAUCUACAGAAGGCCCGACUACAACGUUUACAAGACCAGAAGAUUCGGCAACAUCGACAGCAACUGACAGACCUGGUACUUCUGGAACUCUAGGUCCCACCGGACCCAUCUCUCCUGGAUUACCUGGAUCAUCUAUUGCUCCUGGAUCACCUGGUACUUCUGGUACUUUGGAAACCCCUAGCAGCUCUGCCACUCCAGAUUCCUCAGUUAUACCAAGUAAUUCAUAUCUAUGUAAUAAAGAAGGAUUCUUCUCUGAUCCUGAUAGUUGCCAGAAAUUCUAUCGAUGUGUAAAAGAUGGCAAUACAUUCAUGAAAUAUGUAUUUGAAUGUGCCAUUGGUACUGUUUGGGAUUCCAGUAUACAAAGUUGUAAUUACGAUUACAACGUACCAAAUUGUAGGAGUAACAUUGUUGUCGACAUGACAACACCCGAUUCUUCUAUCAAUGAAAUAGAUUUUAUUAAUGGUUCAAGUACAAAUGGACAGUCUGAAGUAAGUACUAGUAAACCUAUGGAAAGUACAACAUCUUCAAUCUUUAGUUCUACUACAAUAACAACUACUAUUAAUCAUGAGGCACAAUCUAUGAUUCCAACAACAAUUAUAUCUACAUCUUAUUUACCACCAUCAAUUUCUGAAGUAAUUAGUAGUACACAAAUGACUUCUAGUACUAAACCUCCUGAAGUUACAUCACAAGUAACAUCAGCCUCAUACUUACCUCCUAUCAGUACUAUGCAGUCAAAUGACGUUGGUCAAUCUGCAACUAUAUCACAACAGGUAAAUACUACUCCAUCAAGUACUGGACAAGUAGGAACGUCGGAUUGUAAUACAGAAAGUUUCAUCCCAAACCCUAAUGAUUGCAAGAAGUUUUAUCGAUGUGUCAGUCAUCAAUCCGGAUUUGUAAGAUAUGAAUUUCAGUGCGGUCCUGGUACUGCUUGGGACCAAAGUAUACAAACAUGUAAUUAUAUUGAACAAGUCAGUUCCUGCAUGAUAAAUAAUAAUGAAAUAGUAGGAGAACAAGGUUCUACCUCAACAACUAAUUCUAGUAAAACACCUGUAACUAUUAAUGAAAAACCUGGACAGACUACAAUAAAACCCUCCUCAACUUAUAUACCAACAACUUCUGACAUCAAUGAGGCUCAGUUUACAUCUACUAAAUCUGAAAAUAUGCAGUUACUUGCAGGAUCAACUACUGAAAGUAUGUCGUCUUCUAAACCGCCAUAUCCAAUUUCAUCUUCGCCAUCUGAAUCGACAGUUUCAUCUUCUGAAUCAAACACAGAAUCAUCUAAUAUGGUCAAACCGCCCUGCACGACAUCCAAAAUUAAUAAUACAAUAGUUUGUAAUGAAGAAGGAUUUUAUCUGCAUCCAAUAUACUGUGAAAAAUUCUAUCGUUGCGUUAACAAUGGAAAAGGAUUUAACGUCUAUCACUUUAAUUGCCCACCGAGUACUAUAUUCGAUCCCAGUAUAAGCGCAUGUAAUUAUCCGGAAUCAGUCUAUCCAGCAAGAGAUUGUACUACAUUAGCAGCAGAGCCAAGUUCAUCUGGUAAUGAUAUUAUAACACAAUCUACAACAAUAUCAGAAGCAACAGAAGAAUCUUUGUCCACUGAGAGUUCAACAACGCAAAUUAAUAACGAAAUGUCUACAGGAACUACAACAUCAAUGGUAGAAUUUACAACCACAGGAAUUUCAACAGAAAUGACAUCUAUGACAUCGGAACAAACAACUUCCGGGGAAAUUACAUCCAUGUCCAGUACUGAAUCAUUCACUUCAACAGUGACCGAAAGGUUAACAGAACCAACAUCAAGUUCCACUGAACAAACAACAGAAUCAACGACAAUUUCUACAGAACAAACAACAGAACCAACAUCAAGUUCCACUGAACAAACAACAGAAUCAACGACAAUUUCUACAGAACAAACAACAGAAUCAACGACAAUUUCUACAGAACAAACAACAGAAUCAACAAGUUUCACUGAACAAACGACAGAAUCAACAACAAGUUCCAUUGAACAAACAACAGAAUCAACUGUAAGUUCCACUGAACAAACAACAGAAUCAACUGUAAGUUCCACUGAACAAACAACAGAAUCAACUGUAAGUUCCACUGAACAAACAACAGAAUCAACUGUAAGUUCCACUGAACAAACAACAGAAUCAACUGUAAGUUCCACUGAACAAACAACAGAAUCAACUGUAAGUUCCACUGAACAAACAAUAGAAUCAACUGUAAGUUCCACUGAACAAACAACAGAAUCAACAGAAGAAUCGUCUAUGAGUUCUAUGCAAUCAGAAGCACCUGCUAGUGAAUCAACAACGGAACAAUUUACUACAGAAUCUCAAAAACAGUCAACAACUGAAUCUCAAGAACAAUCAACGACUGAUAGUUCAGAACAUUCUACCACGGAAUCUCAAGAACCAUCCACCACAGAAUCUCAAGAGUCGAUUACACAGACACAAGAGGGAUCUACUACGGAAUCAGAUGAAUCGACUUCUACAACCAAAGAACCUUCGAUGGUGACAUCUUGUCCUAUUGGAAAUUUAACUGAUGAACAGAUAACUCUUAUUUGUCCCACAGGAUUCCGUAAACAUCCGCGAUAUUGUAAUUUGUUCUACCAAUGUACCAUUGAAGGUAAUAUGGAAAUCAAGGUUCUCGUUUUAAGUUGUCCCGAAAAUACUAUCUUCGACGAGCAAAAAAUUCAAUGUCUUCCUGAAAAUGAAACCAGUCAAGGUUGUACAGGUCUUCGUGCCAAUGCUAGAUUUUACAGAAAGUUGGAAGAAAAUUCUAUAACACCGGUGAAAGUCUCAUCGCAACCUUUAUGUCCUGACAUUGGACAUUAUCCAUAUCAGCAGGGUUGUAGCAACACAUUUUAUAAAUGCAAACGAGACAAUAGAGAUAAUUUGCAAGGAUAUUUUUAUAAGUGUCCUGCGAACUUCAUUUACUGGUCGGUUUCUAGAAGAUGUGAACGUGCUACUCGUCUACCUAUGUGCACACAUUUAGCACACAGGAAGAAUGAUUUUUGGGACAGUCGAUGGCAAUUACCAGUCGAAGACAUCAAUCUUUCCGCGAGAGCAUUGCGUCUCUUUUGAGUCAUUAGCUAAUGAUACACUACUUUCGUAAAUUUCCAAGAACAGUAUAAAUCUCUCAGGUUACAUGCAAAACUUGUCAUCAGGAAACAUUAUACAAGUCUUGCACGUAGAAGUGAAUGAGACGGUUAAUCGGAUUUUGUCAACAUGGCUGCCGAAGAUAUAAUAUUUGACAGAUCUUCGAUAGCCAUCUUGAAACGAUUUACGUUCGUUCCAGCUUCUACAAUGAAACUGAUAAUAUUUUUCUAUUAUAAUCAGUUUCAUUUAGAGUAGUUAGUUUAAAUAAUUACUAAUUAUCAUCGAUCAUAAUUCAUAUCAUCGUGCCGUUCAAUUUUUUUUGAAGACAAUAUUGAAUAUUUUUGACAAGAGAUCAUAAGCGAUAAUUGGGGUUUUGGUUGCGGGACUUGUAUGCAAUACACGACUGUAUUUAAUAGUAUAGUAAAUCAUAUGUAUAUUUAUUAAGCUGAUAAUUAGUUUAAAUAGUAUUGAUAGAAGUUCACGGAAAGAUUCUCAGGAAAUGUUUUCGUUGUGGAGUGAUCUAUACUCUUAAAACGGGAAUAACAUUUUUGAAGCGACUGAAUUUAUAUGUUUGAAAUGUAAAAAAAAAAGAGGAAGAGAGAUCUUCAUAAGAAACAAAAUUAAACAUUUCAAUCAAUUUCUAUAUUUACCUUGUACAUAAUUAUGUUUUCGUACUUCUAAUUCAAUAUAUCAUUAUAAGUAAUAUAGACACAUAGUAUACAAAUAUUUUAGUAAAUAUGUAUACAUGAUUUUCGCGUGUUUAUAUACGAUCUCUGCCUAAACGACUACAAAUAAAAUGUGAGUUUUUCAAUGUAAUGUGUAUCUUAUUUUCCUGAAAUAUAGUCGUUUAAGAAAAAAAUUUACUACAUACAGAUAUUGCCAUAU